GAUAAAUGUCAGGAACCUGUCACCGGAGACAUCUCUACUGUCAUUGUCAGCUGUCACGAUUUCUAACCUCUCAAAUUUCAGCAAUUUUUCUAAAAACCGUUCUUUUCCCGAAAUGUCCAAAAAACGUGGAAAUAAGAAAAAUAAGGACCUCGAAGAUGACUUUGGCGAAGAAGUCUCCACUCCUGUAGCUGAGAAUAACACCAAGAAUAAAUCGAAGAGCACCAAGAAGGGCAAAAAAGGCAAAAAAGACGAUUGGAGCGACGACGAUGAGUCAGAAUCCAAGGUGAGUCUCUUAAAUGAGCCCGAAGAUGUUUCUAAACCCGUUCAAAAGAAGAAAGCAGCGAAAAAAACUAAGAAGAAAGACGAUGACUGGUCGGAUAAAGAGCCAGAUGUUGACCUAGAUAUACCUCAGGAGGAACCAGAUAUUCCAAAGCCAGUCAAAAAAGGCAACAAGAAACAAUCCAAGAACAAAUUUGAGGAACUGGAUGUUCCUGAGGAUUUGUCUGAUGCAGAAGAACCACCAAAACCAGUAAAAAAUAGUAAAAAGAAUCAGAAAGUUAAGGUAGAAGAAGAAUUAGAUAACUUUGAGGAACUUUCUGAUGCUGAAGUUAUUCCAGAACCUGUGAAGAAGAGUAAUAAAAAAGAACAGAAAGUUAAAAAUGAUAUACCUUUACAUGACUCUGAAGUAUUGUCUGAUACCAAAACAAAUGAGGUUAAAUCACAAAGCGAAGAAAAAGAAGAUAUAGGAGAUAAAGUUGUUGAAGAAAUUACUGAAAAGGUCAAAACAGUAGAAAUAACUGAAGAAAAAGAGAAAAAGGUAACACACAGGGAAAAGAAGAAAAUGAAGAAACAGCAAGACUACGAAAAACAGAUGGAAACCUUGCUGAAAAAGGGUGGGCAAGGCCAUUCAGAACUAGACAGCAAUUUCACAGUAUCACAAGCGCAGAAAACUGCAGGUCAGUUGGCAGCUUUGGAAAAUGCAGUCGAUAUUAAGAUUGAGAACUUCAGUAUAGCGGCAAAGGGGAAGGAUCUUUUCGUUAAUGCAAAUCUGCUUAUUGCCAAUGGUAGACAUUAUGGUUUGGUUGGACCUAAUGGACAUGGAAAAACGACAUUGCUCAGACACUUGGCACAGAGAGCUUUUGAUAUACCUCCAAACAUAGACAUUCUAUACUGUGAACAAGAAGUAGUGGCUGAUGAUUUUUCAGCAGUGGAAACCGUUCUAAAAGCAGAUGUAAAACGAAACGAACUUCUCGCAGAACAAAAGAAACUAGAAGAUCAGUUUAAUGCGGGAAACUUAGACGUACAAGAUAAGCUAAACGACGUUUACGCGGAGUUGAAAGCCAUUGGUGCGGAUUCGGCUGAGCCUAGAGCUAGAAGGAUACUCGCUGGUCUGGGAUUCACUAAGGAAAUGCAAGAUAGAGCUACUAAAAAUUUCUCUGGUGGUUGGAGAAUGAGAGUUUCUCUAGCCAGGGCACUUUACAUUGAACCCACGCUUCUUCUUCUUGAUGAACCUACAAAUCAUUUGGAUCUGAAUGCUGUUAUUUGGCUUGACAAUUAUCUACAGGGUUGGAAAAAAACAUUGUUAAUAGUUUCUCACGACCAAUCGUUCUUAGAUAACGUUUGUAACGAAAUUAUUCAUUUAGAUACUCAAAAAUUGUACUAUUACAAAGGAAAUUAUUCAAUGUUUAAGAAAAUGUACUUCCAAAAGAGGAAAGAAAUGAUCAAGGAGUACGAAAAACAAGAGAAAAGACUGAAGGAACUGAAAUCUUCUGGAUCUUCAAAGAAACAAGCGGAAAAGAAGCAAAAAGAAGCUUUAACGAGGAAACAGGAGAAGAAUCGUAGUAAAGUACAGAAACAAGAGGAUGAUCUUCAACCCACUGAGCUGCUUCAAAGACCUAAAGACUAUUUGGUUAAGUUUAGGUUUCCUGAACCUCCUCCUUUACAACCUCCUGUUUUGGGUUUACACAAUGUUACUUUUGCAUAUCCUGGUCAAAAGCCCUUAUUUAUCGAGGCCGAUUUUGGUAUAGACAUGAGUAGUAGGGUUGCUAUAGUAGGUCCCAAUGGAGUAGGAAAAUCUACGUUUUUGAAAUUACUAGUUGGAGAGUUGACACCGCAAAAAGGAGAAAGUAGAAUGAAUCACAGACUUCGUAUUGGUAGGUUCGAUCAGCACUCAGGUGAACAUUUAACGGCCGAAGAAACUCCAGCCGAAUAUCUGAUGCGAUUAUUCGAUCUACCAUACGAAAAAGCUAGAAAACAGCUUGGAACUUUCGGUUUAGCCAGUCAUGCGCACACGAUUCGAAUGAAAGACUUAUCAGGAGGUCAGAAGGCCAGAGUUGCCAUGGCAGAAUUGUGCCUCAAUGCUCCCGACGUCCUAAUUUUGGAUGAACCUACCAAUAAUCUAGAUAUAGAAUCGAUAGAUGCCUUGGCCGAAGCGAUCAACGAAUAUACAGGGGGCGUCAUAAUAGUGUCUCACGACGAGCGACUGAUUCGCGAAACAAGUUGUGCCUUAUACGUUAUAGAGGACCAAACUAUCAACGAACUGGAUGGGGACUUUGAUGACUACAGGAAAGAACUAUUGGAGAGUUUGGGAGAAGUUAUCAACAGUCCUAGUAUCGCAGCCAAUGCGGCGGUACAACAAUAGUGCGCAAUUUUGUAUAAUAGGAGAUCUUUUAUUGAUAAUAAUAAUAAAGUGAAUUUGCUAAGGA